GUCAUCGCCAUCGCCUUCGAGUGCCUCUUUUAUAUUCACCUAGACUCCCACACACGCAGUCCAUGAAACCAAAUCCAUAAUUUCCAUCAGUAAAUUUCAUAUAUCAAUCCCAUAGACAUGCCCCCCCGCACACGCCCAAUCGACGCCCUCGCCUCCGCAGCAGCCAAAUGCUCGAAAGAGAGCACAGUAUACGGCAAAUGCAUCUUCACAGACUACAACAACGUCACAAAAGAUAAAUGCGCGGCCGAGUUCAUGAAACUGAAGAGUUGUUAUCUAGCGGCUUAUAAAAAGCGGUGAAAGGUUAGAAUGAUGAAAUGUGAUGGUGUGGCGAGGAAAUGGAACCCGUGAAAUGAGAUAAGUGAUGAGAAACGCAAAGAGCAUGCAGCGGCGUUCAUUACACAUUUUUGGGGACUUUUGUUUGAAUCUGAUAUCUUUCAUUCAUCUCAUCUCCCAUGUCACUUUUCGCCUCACUCGUUACGCCGAAAUAAACCGCCAGCUUGACGUGAUAUGGACGACAUUCAACUCUCCCACUUCAUAUCAUCUACAACUUGACAAGCCUCAGCAAGAACGUCGCCUUGUGCAGUUCCUGUUCCUCCUCAA